AUGAUGUUUCCAUCUGAGACCGCACAAUCAAAGGAGUAUGGGGAGUUGGGCCAGACUGGAAAGUGUGUGGUGGAGCUUGGAGGGAAGAAUGCAGAAUCAAUUGAUCUCAAACAGUUUUUUGACCUACAUUUCUCACAUAUAUAUUAUGUGUUCUUUGAAAACUUUGUGACUAUUGAAGUAGGUCUUAAACAAAAAGGUCACAAGUCUCAGAGAGAAGAAUUAGAUUCUAUUCUUUUUAUUUUUGAGAAAAUUUUGCAACUCCUUCCAGAAAGGAUUCAUCAGAGGUGGCAAUUUCAUAGUAUUGGGUUGAUUUUAAAGAAGCUUCUUCACACUGGAAAUUCAUUAAAGAUACGGCGAGAGGGUGUGCGUCUCUUUCUUUUGUGGCUGCAAGCACUUCAAAAUAACUGUAGUAAAGAACAAUUAUGGAUGUUUUCUUGCUUGAUUCCUGGAUUUUCAUCACCACAGUCUGAAUAUGGCCCCCGAACACUAGAUAAUCUCAUUAACCCUCCACUUAAUGUUCAAGAAACUCAAGUGACUAUAGAGGAAAUCACUCCACUUGUUCCUCCACAAUCAGGAGAUAAAGGACAAGAAGAUUUAACAAGCUAUUUCUUAGAAGCACUUUUGAAAUACAUAGUAAUUCAGGUUAAGAGUUUAGAGUGGAAGAACAAGGAAAACCAGGAAAAGGGAUUUUCGUUUUUAUUCUCAAAUUUUAAGAAAUACUACUUACCUUCUAUUUUCCCAAACAUCUGUAAGGAGACCAGCUUGUAUAACCCUAUAGUUGAUAUACCACAAAUGAGACCAAAGCCACACUAUGUAAUGGUUAAGAAAGAUGCUGAAACCAAUGAGGCAAUAUAUUGCACAAAGGAACCUUUUAUUAAGGCUCGUGUCAUUGUCAUUCGAUGGUUGGUGUCUUUCUGGCUUGAGCCAAAACCUCAUACAGGACCUCAUAUUCCUGGGAUGGAAGGUGAAAAUGUGCCAAAGAAUAUUCAGAGAGCAGCUGCUAGCAUGGUUUCAAGGGAGGACAGCAAAAAUGACAGUACUGAUAAGCAGGAUAGAAAUGCAGAGCCAGAACAAUCUCAUUCUAAUACAAGUACUCUAACAGAGAGAGAACCAAGUUCUUCUAGCCUCUGCAGUAUUGAUGAAGAGCAUUUAACUGAUAUUGAAAUUGUCCGGAAAGUCUUUUCUUCUAAAAGAAGCAAUGUGAAUUUUCUAACCGAGAUUUUUCGACAGGCUUUUUUGUUGCCAAUAUGUGAAGCAGCUGCCAUGAGGAAAGUGGUAAAGGUGUAUCAGGAAUGGAUUCAGCAAGAAGACAAGCCUUUAUUUAUGAAGGAACCUGAAGAAAUCAUGCAGUGCACAACUGUAGAUUGUGAUGAAAGUGUUGUUGACCACAAUUCAUCAGAGAAAGCAAAAGAAAGAGAAGAGGAAAAAGGGACGAACUCCAGUCAUGUUAGAAAUUCAAACUGGACAAGAAAUGGCUGUUACGAAGACACUUUGCAUAAAUUGUCUGAAAUUGAUACUGAAGAGCAAAAUGUACGAGCUGGAGUCCAGUCAGUAUUGCAGGUUUUUAUAAUAAAUUCUUCAAAUAUAUUCUUUCUUGAACCUGCAAAUGAAAUAAAAGCUCUGCUGGAUGAACACACUGAUAUGUGUAAACGCAUUCUUAAUAUCUACCGUCACAUGGUAGUCCAAGUGACUAUGGACAAGAAGACGUGGGAACAGAUGCUACUUGUGCUGCUCAGGGUCACUGAAUCUGUGCUGAAAAUACCACCCCAAACUUUCUUGCAGUAUCAAGGAAGAAAAAACUCCACUUUAGCUGGAAGGCUUGCAGGACCUCUUUUCCAGACUCUUAUAGUAGCUUGGAUCAAAGCGAAUCUAAAUGUGUACAUCUCUCGAGAACUUUGGGAUGACUUGCUGUCUGUAAUGUCAUCGCUGACAUAUUGGGAAGAGCUGGCCACUGAGUGGUCACUGACAAUGGAGACACUAACUAAAGUAUUAGCUAGAAACUUGUACAGCCUGGACCUCAGUGACCUGCCAUUGGAUAAAUUAAGUGAGCAGAAGCAGAAAAAACACAAAGGCAAAGGAGUUGGGCAUGAAUUCCCAAAAUCUUCCGUUGAUAAGUCCUUUUCUAGAGGCUGGAGCCGUGAUCAGCCUGGACAAGCGCCAAUGAGACAACGCAGUGCUACAACCACUGGCUCUCCAGGAACAGAGAAGGCAAGAAGCAUAGUACGGCAGAAAACAGUUGACAUUGACGAUGCUCAAAUUCUUCCACGUCCACCUCGAGUCAGACAUUUUUCACAGAGUGAGGAUGCUCCAAGUGAAGUUUUUGGUGCAUUAAAUGAGGAACAGCCACUGCCACGAAGCAGCAGCACCUCUGACAUCCUGGAACCUUUUGCAGUUGAACGAGCCAAAGCUAAUAGAGAGGACAUGAGUCAAAAGCUGCACCCUAUUGAUAGUGAUAUUGGCAGUAGCAAUACAAAUGUUCCUGACCUCAUGGAUGAAUUUAUAGCUGAGAGACUCCGCAGUGGUAGUGCACUGAAUGUGACAAGAAGAGGAAGCAGUCCUGGCAGCCUGGAAGUUCCUAAAGACCUUCCUGAUAUAUUGAACAAACAGAACCAAAUGCGUCCUAUAGAUGACCCAGGCGUGCCUUCCGAGUGGACAUCACCUGCCAGCGCAGGCAGCAGUGACCUCAUCAGUUCAGAUAGCCACUCUGACUCUUUCAGCGCCUUCCAGUAUGAUGGCCGCAAAUUUGAAAAUUUCAGCUUUGGCACUGAGGCAGGGACACCAGCUUCCACUGACGUUGAUGCAAUUUCAGGACAGCAACAGAGUGCCGAGGAGCAAGAAGUGGCCAGUCUAACUACACUCCACAUAGAUUCGGAAACAAGUAGUCUCAAUCAGCAACCAUUGUCUGCUGAAGCUGCAACUAUUACUGGCUCUGAAAGUGCUUCUCCAAUCCAAUCUGCUCUUGGAUCCCGAUCACAGACACCCUCUCCUGCCACUCUUCAUGCAGAUCAUAUUGAGCAGAAGGAUCUGCAGCUGGAUGAGAAGCUCCACCACUCUGUUUUACAGACGCCAGAUGACCUAGAAACUAGUGAAUUCCCCUCAGAAUGUUGCAGCGUGAUGGCUGGGGGAACACUUACCGGAUGGCACGCAGAUGUUGCUACUGUGAUGUGGAGGCGAAUGCUAGGAAUUUUGGGAGAUGUCAACAGCAUCAUGGAUCCAGAGAUUCAUGCCCAGGUUUUUGAUUACCUGUGUGAACUGUGGCAGAAUCUGGCCAAGAUAAGAGACAAUCUUGGUAUUUCAACAGAUAACCUAACUUCACCAUCUCCGCCAGUUUUAAUUCCUCCACUGAGAAUUCUAACACCAUGGUUGUUCAAGGCAACAAUGCUGACUGAUAAAUACAAACAAGGAAAGCUACAUGCUUAUAAACUCAUUUGUAAGACAAUGAAGCGAAGACAAGAUGUUUCUCCAAACAGGGAUUUUUUAACUCAUUUCUACAAUAUAAUGCACUGUGGACUUCUUCAUGUUGAUCAAGAUAUUGUCAAUACAAUCAUCAAGCACUGCUCUCCUCAGUUCUUUUCACUUGGUUUGCCUGGUGCUACCAUGCUUAUUAUGGAUUUCAUUGUAGCAGCAGGAAGAGUGGCUGCUUCUUCUUUCCUCAAUGCACCCAGAGUUGAAGCACAAGUUCUUUUAGGAUCUCUAGUCUGUUUUCCCAAUUUAUAUCAUGAACUACCAGCUCUUCACCCAAACAUUCCUGACAUUGCUGUGUCUCAGUUUACGGAUGUUAAGGAACUCAUAAUUAAAACUGUGUUAAGUUCAGCAAGAGAGGAGCCAUCUGGUCCUGCACGAUGUGUUGCUCUUUGCAGCCUCGGUAUUUGGAUCUGUGAGGAGCUAGUUCAUGAAUCACAUCAUCCUCAGAUCAAGGAAGCAUUGAAUGUGAUUUGUGUUUCUUUAAAGUUUCCAAAUAAAACAGUAGCCCAAGUUGCCUGCAGUAUGCUGAACAUGCUGAUACAUUACGUACAUAGACUUCAAGUGUAUCAAGCUGAUUCACCUUUAAGAAUUAUUCAAAUUCUGAUAGCAACUAUUACGCAUCUGCUACCCAGUACAGAAGCUUCCUCUUAUGAACAGGAUAAGAGGUUGGUUGUUUCUUUACUUCUGUGCUUAUUGGAUUGGAUAAUGGCCUUGCCAUUAAAGACCUUGCUGCAGCCUCUUCACACUACAGGAGGAGAAAAUGAUAAGACUGAAAGAUCCGUUCUUAAUUGUAUAUAUAAGGUUCUGCAUGGAUGUGUCUAUGGAUCUCAGUGUUUUAGCAACCCUAAAUAUUUUCCUCUAAGCCUUUCUGAUUUGGCAUGUGUGGAUUACGAUCCUUUUAUGCAUUUAGAAAGCUUGAAGGAACCAGAACCACUGCAUUCUCCAGACUCUGAGAGGUCUUCUAAACUUCAGCCGGUCACUGAAGUGAAAACUCACAUGCAACAAGGAUUAAUUUCUGUUGCUGCUCGUACUGUGAUAACACAUCUAGUCAACCACUUAGGCCACUAUCCUAUGAGUGGAGGUCCUGCUAUGCUAACCAGUCAAGUCUGUGAAAACAAUGACAAUCCGUACAGUGAAAGUCCUGAACUUUCUCCUGAACUUUUUGAGAACCCAAACCUUCAGUUCUUUGUGUUAAACAAUACAUCCCUGGUCUCUUGCAUACAAAUCCAAGCAGAAGACGACAUGCCUGGGGGAGGACUGUCUGCUGGACUUGCAUCUGCUAAUUCAAAUGUUAGAAUUAUAGUGCGUGACCUAUCUGGCAAAUACUCGUGGGAUUCGGCCAUUUUGUAUGGACCAUCAUCUUUAUGUGGAUCUUCACAACAAACUUCUUUUGCACUUUCAUUAUCUCAACAAGAUAAACCAGAAGAUGCUCUUUCAUCUUUUGAGCAUGUAGAGGAUGUAUCUGCAAGGGAUGGAAUUACACUCCAAGUAAAAAGGAAAUUUAGAGACACUGUACCAACAUGGGAUACCAUUAGGGAUGAAGAAGAUGCCCUUGAUGAGCUCCUGCAGUAUUUAGGUGUUACAAGCCCCGAAUGCUUACAGAGAACUGGUGUCUCACUCAAUAUUCCUGCUCCUCAACCAGUCUGCAUCUCAGAGAAGCAGGAGAACGAUGUCAUCAAUGCAAUUCUGAAACAGCACACAGAAGAGAGGGAGUUUGUUGAAAAGCAUUUCAAUGAUUUAAAUAUGAGGGCUAUGGAGCAGGAUGAGCCAACCUCACAAAAGCCCCAGUCAGCAUUUUACUACUGCAGAUUACUUCUCAGUAUACUGGGAAUGAAUUCUUGGGAUAAAAGAAGGAGCUUUCAUCUCCUGAAGAAAAAUGAAAAGUUACUUCGAGAACUCAGAAAUUUGGACUCGAGACAAUGCCGAGAGACACACAAGAUUGCAGUGUUUUAUGUUGCUGAGGGACAAGAAGAUAAACACUCCAUUCUUACUAAUACUGGGGGAAGUCAAGCCUAUGAGGAUUUUGUAGCUGGUCUUGGCUGGGAGGUAAAUCUCACAAACCAUUGUGGCUUUAUGGGAGGACUGCAAAAAAACAAAAGCACUGGACUGACCACUCCAUAUUUUGCUACCUCGACAGUAGAAGUAAUGUUCCAUGUGUCAACAAGAAUGCCUUCUGAUUCAGAUGACUCUUUAACAAAAAAGCUAAGACAUUUAGGAAAUGAUGAAGUACACAUUGUCUGGUCAGAGCAUACUCGAGAUUAUAGAAGAGGAAUAAUUCCAACAGAAUUUGGUGAUGUUCUUAUAGUUAUCUAUCCCAUGAAAAACCAUAUGUUCAGUAUCCAGAUCAUGAAAAAGCCUGAGGUUCCAUUUUUUGGUCCACUCUUUGAUGGUGCUAUUGUGAAUGGAAAAGUUCUUCCUAUUAUGGUUCGUGCAACAGCUAUAAAUGCAAGCCGUGCAUUGAAAUCAUUAAUCCCAUUAUACCAAAACUUUUAUGAGGAGAGAGCACGAUACCUGCAAACAAUUGUUCAACAUCAUCUAGAGCCUACAACUUUUGAGGAUUUUGCUGCUCAGGUUUUCUGUCCAGCACCUUACCACCAUUUGCCCUCAGAGACAGAUCAUUAAAUAUCAGUUCUGUUUAUCUGAAGGCUUCUGCCCAGAGACUCAGCCGGGAGAAACUCCAGCAGCAGCAACAGCACAGGUGGAUGGAACAGACUUAGCCUCUCCAAUGUCUCCUCGGACUAGCAAGAGCCGCAUGUCCAUGAAACUGCGCCGCUCCUCUGGCUCAGCCAACAAGUCCUAAGUGGCGCGAUGCCUGCAGCUUGCUAGUGAACAGCGAUCGGCCACCCUUCCCGCAGCCGCGCGCCGCUUUCCGUUAAAGGAUAAUGUCUCUAAUGUGUGUGUGCCCCUUCCCUGCAUACCCCUGUUCUGUACGUUUAUUUUAAACAGUGACACUGGAAUUUUACUUUAAUGUUUUAACUUUUGGGGGUUUUUUAUCAAACUCCAGGCUGCCUUUUUUUUUUUUUUUUUUUUUUUUUUUUUUUUCCCCCCUCUGCAGUGCAGUUUGUCCUCUGCACCUUUUACCUUCCUGGAUGAUUACGAUAUCUUAACAGUACUCAUUUUUAACUCUGGUUGAUCUCGAGUCGUAUAUGGAAUUGGAGACUGCAGUUUGAUUACACUAUAUUUAUUGUGCCCCAUUGCAAUUUUCUCUGUAACAAAGAAAGAAAUAUGUACAACUUGAAAAUGAAUGUACAAUUUUAAAUUGAAGUUGCAUUUGUAAAGUCUUUGUCAGAUGUCACAAUGUUAAUGCACAGGAUGUGUACAGAUUAUUUAUGUUAGGAAUAAAAUAGUUCAACGGCCUUUCAAGCAUUACAGAGUCCAAACGAAAUAACUUGCUCGUAGCACCAACUCUUUCUUCACAAAGCAACUAUCAUUUCAUAACUCUGCAGGUGAUGCCAUAAUCUAUGCCAGAAAAACAAAACAAAAAAAAUCACUGUGCUGAAAUUCUACUUAUGCUUGGCUUCCAAAUAUUUUUAUAAUGUUUUGCUUUUCCAAGUGGUAUCAAUAGUAAAUGCCAUUGAGUUUCAUGGUUUUUAGCCUUUAUCACCGGGCUGGGUCUAGAUGUAUAUUCUUGUUUCUUACAUUUAAAAAAAAAAAAAAAAAAAAAAAGCACUCUCCUCAUAGAAAUUCAUUGCUCUGAUGAUGUGUACUAGGGAAGAAAAGGAAACAUGUUCCAGGAGCCUGGCCUGAAAUGCUGACGAUUCCAACCCCGUGAGUGCAGAUUAGUACACGCGUUCCACCCUCCCAGAGAUAUUUUCCUACAGAAGAUGAAAUGCUCACAUUUUGAGUCUGGCAAACGACAAAAUGCUGUUAACAAAAUGUAGCAUGACAUCGGUACUAACUGCAUGUGUAAAUAUAUCAUAUGGGCAACAAUAAAAAGAUAAAUUACGUAUUGUCAUUCAUGGAGUAUCUACAAAUUUGUAAUGGUUGAAGAGAAGACAUGCUAUUUAAUAAUACAAUAAAAUUAUUCUUACCA